GGAUCGUACUUCGACUCCUGUCUUCCCUUCCCCACCAUUGUCUACUGAAUCUCCAGCUUUUGGAUUAUCCUCAAACACAGAAUGUUUGCACUUCCACCCAUACUGUAUUCGAUUCCAAGGAACCCAAUUACAGCUGUUGGACUGCCAGUAUUCUUCGGAAUGCUGAGCGGAAGUCCUACUAGCAAGGAAGUGCAGGGCACAUGGUAUAAGAGCUUGAAAUUCCCGCCUGGACGGGUCCCAGACCAAGUCUUUCCCGUCAUGUGGGCCAUUCUAUACACUGGGAUGGGAUAUGCGUCUUAUGUUGCUUUGAAGUCAUAUGACAGUGCAACCAUUUCAGAGACGGCGGCCUCCAAUAUCUCAAAAGGCCUAGCCAUCUACUAUGGACAGCUAGCUUUGAACUGCGGUUGGUCCAGUCUCUUCUUCGUGAAGAAACGGGUUGGCCUGGCAUUGUUGGACAGCAUUGCUAUCACUGCCUCAUCAGCGUGUAUGACUGUACUCUUUCAUAAAGCGACAGAUGGCGCAACCACCUACUUCCUUGCUCCAUAUUGCGCUUGGCUUUGCUACGCAACUUACAUCAACGCUUCCGUUUGGUACUUAAACCGUGGGCGUAAAGUCACCGGUGAAGACUGAAUGCUCCAGGGGAGAAUUUUCUACGGAGGGAAUGAUAUUUCGCUGAUUACAGUAGUUUGAAGAAGGGGGCUGCUCAGUCAUAGUUAACAAACAGACAUUACUGAACACAUGUACAAACGACUUCGAAAUGAAUUUAAUACAAUCGACAAUCCCAAAUAUCAUGGUUUCA